AUGCCAGGUGGUCUCUUCCUUUUCAAGUUCACUGCGGAGGAAGACCUGAUCUUUGUCCUCUUAGGCUCUUGGGCCUAUGGGAAACAUUUUCUAACUUUGGCUAAAUGGAAGCUUGGUUUUGACCCUUCAGUUGAACUCAACCGCAUGGCUCCUAUGUGGGUUAGACUCCUUGGCUUACUACUGGAAUUCUGGGUUGAACAGAUCUUCUGCUGGAUUGGAAACUCAUUCGGCAGCUAUGUUACAGCGGAUUCGGUCACUCUUGCUAAAUCCAGGUUGGUUUAUGCCCAUUUUUGUGUCAAUGUUGCGAUUAACAAAGCUCUCCCCAAUUUUGUUUCUCUUAACUCGAAAUGGGGAAAAUGGUCUCAGGCCAUUGUUUAUGAAAAGGCUACUCUUUUUUGUCAAAAGUGUGCUAAACAAGGGCACAAGUGUAAGACCCAGGCGUCUUCAGAACCCAAGCUGAAAGAAAAGGCUAUUGUUGAUGAACCCAUCAGCCCAAGUGCUCCCUCUUCCUCAGCCCCCUUGGGACUGUCUAAUGUGAGUGAAAUCCCCGAUGAUUACCCCCACACUAACAAGAUCCUUGAGAUUUUAAAAACAUCGGUUGAUCUAGUGAAGAAAGCUAGCCCAGUUGUGCUCCUGGAAGAGGGUGAAAUCCCCCCAGUGACAAGCCUUCGGCUAUCCCCUAGUCCCUCUCCACCCCUGUCCUUGGCUACGAGUGAUGACUACCUCUCCCCCAAGCCUUUAGAUAAUUCUAUCCCCACAACCCCUCAACCCUCCAACCCCAGUGGAGCUAUGACCCCCUCGGGUGUGAAAAAGUUGUUAAUCACUGUAGACGUAUAA